GAUGUUGCCUGAUUUUGCCCACAUCGAUGGGGCAGUGCUCUUUGGAUUGGUGGCAUCCAUCGGCAACUUACUCCAGGGGUGGGACAAUGCGAGUAUCGCUGGUUCUAUGCUCUACAUAAAGGAGGAGUUCAACUUGCAGAGCAUGCCAAUGGUUGAGGGAGCUAUCAUGGCCAUGGCACUUUUUGGUGCGACAAUGAUCACAACAAUCUCAGGGAUUUUGGCUGAUGCAUUUGGUAGGCGGAUGAUGCUAUUAGUCUCGGCAGUAUUAUCCUUUAUUACUGCGAUGAUGGUCAUAUUUUGGUCUCAACAAGUUUACAUGUUACUACUCACGAGGCUUAUUAUGGGAUUCAGUAUUGGUUUGGCAGUCACACUUGUCCCAAUAUAUAUCUCAGAGAUUGCCCCUUCAGAGAUAAGAGGAAAAUUAAAUACAUUCCCUCAGUUAAGUGGUUCUUUAGGGAUGUUAUUAUCCUAUUGUAUGGUGUUUUGGAUGUCCCUAAUGCCUAAGGUUGACUGGAGAAUCAUGCUUGGGAUACAAUCGAUACCAUCAAUGAUAUAUUCAGCGUUAAUCAUUUUCUAUUUGCCCGAGUCUCCAAGUUGGCUUGUGAGGCAAGGAAGGGUCGAUGAAGCAAAGAAAGUUUUACAAAGACUACGAAGAAGGCAAGAUGUCUCAGGUGAAAUUGCGAGUCUUAUUGAAGGCACAAAAAUUGAUCAGGCUCCGUGUUUACAAGAGUACAAAAUUAGACCGAAGGAAAUUGUAAAUGAUACAAUGGUUUUAAAUGGAGAAGACUCUGAACUGUAUGUCCUUCAAGAAGAUUUACCUCGUGUUGCCUAUAUGAUUAAGGAAACCACAGAUGAAAAUAUUGUUAGUUCUUUCACUAGUCAUGGAGCAUCCUUUUUUGAUCCACUUGUUAGCCUUAUUGGGAGUGUACAUGAGAGUUCCCUUGAGGGAUGCAAUAUGUUUGGUGAAGUAGAACAACAAUGUGCAACUAUGUGGGAUGAGGAGAAUCAAAAAGGACCCACAGAGGAUGAACCAGAACAUGAAAGAGAUGAUAUGGAGGAGAAUAUCAAUGAUCCACUGAUUGAUGGUUCAAUAGGCAGAGAAAGAAGUGAAUUGGUUACAUCGCACAGAAGAAGAGGUUUGCUUCCUUCUCGGAAAAGUGGCUAUAUUGGUGGAGGUUGGCAACUAGCAUGGAAAUCUUCUGAUGUGUUUUCAAAUGGACAAGUACAAGAUUGUAUGGACCGAGUAUACUUGCAUGAAGGUGUGCCAAACCCAGAAAAGAAAUCCAGUUUGGAUAAUUCAACAGAUUGCAAAUUCACACAAGCUACUGCUUUGGUUAAUAAGUCCGUUUUUCACAAAGAUCAGUUUGGAAGUCAGAACAUUGAUCUUCACUCGUCGGAGAAAAACUUGAAAGGCACAAAAUGGGGUAAUCUAUUAGAACCUGGAGUAAAGCGUGCAUUGAUAGCGGGUGUUGGAAUACAGUUACUUCAGCAGUUUGCUGGAAUCAACGGCAUUCUCUAUUAUACUCCACAGAUACUUGACCAAGCUGGUGUUGGGGUUCUUAUUUCCAGUAUUGGUCUCAGUUCAACUUCUGCAUCUAUUCUUAUGAGUGCCCUUACGACAUUAUUGAUGCUUCCCUUUAUUGGUAUUGCAAUGUGGCUCAUUGAUCGAGCGGGCAGAAGGAAGCUGCUUCUUGUCACCAUACCGAUCUUGGUACUAGCGCUACUUGUUUUGAUUGUCGUCAACAUUGUGGACUUGAGUGUUGGAUUACAUGCUGCCCUUUCAACAACAAGUGUCAUCGUAUACUUUUGCAUAUUUGUGAUGGGAUUUGGUCCAAUACCCAACAUUUUUUGUUCGGAAAUCUUCCCCGCCAGAGUCCGAGCCAUUUGCUCUGCUAUAUGCAGCCUCACAUUUUGGAUAAGUGAUAUCAUUGUUACAUACACCCUUCCUCUAAUGAUGAGCUCUCUCGGCUUUACUGGUGUUUUCGGGUUAUAUGCGAUCGUUUGCAUUUUGGCCAUGUUAUUUGUGUAUAUGAGAGUGCCAGAAACAAGAGGCAUGCCGCUUGAAGUCAUUGCAGAGUUCUACGCGCUUGGGCCAUACUGGCACGCGGACCAAAAACAGAAGGGGGAUACGAAGGACAAGGAAUCUGAAGAAACAUUUGAAGCACUAAGAUAGAUUCAUGACUAGACAUACCUACUCAUUUACUAAAGACAUGUGCUAUUUUUUGUUGUCAUAGCUUGAUAUUAAGUUUGUAAAUUACCAGUGUAUACUAAGGUGUAAACCAUUGACUGUAUUGUCAGCGAUGUCUAUUUCUUUGGUUUGAGUUCCAAAUUCUUGCUCCACCAUACAUGAUGUUAUUGACAUAUGCACACCCUACACAUAUU